AUGACCGUAGACACUCGGGUCAAGACUCGGCGGUCUAGGACCAGUCCAUAUAAUCGACUGGUAACCAUUGCAGUUGCAUUUGGUUCUUUUACUUACGGAUAUUGCUCUGCCAUUAUCGGCAGUACCAUCGGUCAACCAGGAUGGUAUCAGUUCUUUGGUUUGCCCAUGCAGGGCGAGCCAGGCUAUGGCACCACAACAACACAGGCGAUUGCCACUGCAAAUGGAUUGUAUAGUGCUGGAGGAGCAGUUGGCAGCCUGUUCAUCAUGUGGGGAGCGACAGCUCUGGGCAGAAAGCUCUGCAUUCAGAUAGGCGCAGCUUGUGCUGUUGUUGGUGGUGCUUUCCAAGGAGGAGCUGCAGCUUUGGCAAUGUUUCACGUCGGCCGAGUCAUUUCAGGUCUCGGUAUCGGUAUCCUCGUUACCGCUUGCCCAAUGUAUCUCUCUGAACUAGCACCUCCCGACAAGAGAGGCUGGCUAGUCGGUCACCACGCAAUCUUUCUCGUAUUUGGCUACAUGCUCUCUGGCUGGUUAGGAUUCGCAUGCUACUUUGCAACGGAGAAUAACCCGUCGUUUGCGUGGCGAUUCCCUCUCUGCGUUCAGUGCUUGUCGCCGCUUGUGCUGCUCGUCACGUCGGUUUGGAUCCCCCGCUCACCGCGAUGGCUUCUUCAGACGGGCCGGGUCGAGGAAGCGUGGAAAGUUCUUCGAGAACUGCGUAAAUCCCCCGAAGAUCCUGACGAUCUGACGGCCAAAGAGGAGUUGUACCAGGUCAAGAUGCAGAUUGCGCUGGAUGCGCAGAAGCUAAAGGCCAUUGGGUGUACGCCGUGGACCGCUGUGAUCAAGAAGAAGAGUUACAGGAAGAGGAUGAUUAUUGGUUUUUUAACGCAGUGGGGUGCAGAAUUCGCUGGUCCUCUUGUUAUUAACAACUAUUCCGUCAUCUUAUACACCAAUCUCGGACAAACCAACUACAUGCCUCUGCUACUAUCGGCCCUGUGGCUCACCACCGCCGGUCUGAUAUACAACCCACUCGGCGCAUGGCUACACGACAAAGUCAACUCCAGACGAUGGAUGUUCAUGGUUGGUCUUUUCGGCUGUCUCUUUACGACCUCGGGCCUCGUUGGCUGCAUUGCGCAGUACGGCGGCACGACCAACCAAGCAGGCAACGCAGCAGGCGUGUUCUUCGUCUUUCUAUACCUCACAUUCCAAGGAACACUCUGCGACACAACCAUGUAUCUCUACGUCUCUGAAAUCUUCCCCACGGAAAUCCGCCCCAUAGGAAUGGGCUUCUCCCUCUUUGGCCAAUUCGCCUCCACCAUCAUCCUCCUGCAGACUGCGCCGAUUGGCAUCGACCAAGUCGGCUGGAAGUACUACCUCGUCAUCAUUGCGUGGUGCAUCGUCUUCAUCCCCAUCGUGUACUUUUUCUUCCCGGAGACGGCGAGACUGUCACUGGAGGAGAUUUCUGCGCGGUUCGGAGACGAUGUCGCCGUGCAUGUGAAUGAUGUGUCGGAGGCGCAGAGGAAGGAACUGGAUGAGUUUUUGAAGGAGCAUGAUGUUACGGCUUUGGCGGAGGAGAAUGGCUAUGUGGGCGAGAAGGUUGAGGUUGAGCAGGGGAGUAAGGCGUGA